CUUGUUUGGACUUUGUUUAUUGCUUUGUGUCAUGGAAAUUUGUUGACAAAGAUCUGUCUUUGUCGAUUUUAUUUUCUCCAUUGGAUCUACAGGGCAUAUACGUUUUCAGCUGAAAAGGAAAGAGUCUGACCCAGAGGGGCUUCCAGGGCUGCUUCUUAAAGGCUUCAGCAGAGCAAAUGCACACGAGAAUUGCAUGCUGUUGUUUCACCCUGGGACAAAGACAUAGACUUCCCUUCAGCAGCUUCCCCACAGUCAGAGGGACAGAGACAAAGAUGAGGUCCGGCAUUUCCAUUGCUGCUGCUACAUCAGUGCAUGAGCCACCGCGUGACUUGAAGGGCCGUAGGAUACCAGAGGGCCGUCCACAGUCUGUUAGUGAUCCACCCACCAACUGUGUCAGAGCUGCAGGAGUUCUGCGGUACAAUCGGGAGUCCGACGACGACAACAGGAUAAACUUAACAACAGUUCUCUCAGCGCCCCCACCUCUGACAGAAUAUGCAGUGAAAUGUGAGUACUGUGGGGAACUUGCCAGACCGUCACUCGAUCAAACAUGGCUAGAGGAGCCUGAGACAGCUACACACUUUUGUUGUGUCGAGCGGCAGCAGCUGCGUGAGAGGCUGGUCAAGUGGAGAUGUCUGUGUGAGGGGAGACGUGACCGGAACUCUGCUUCACCGACAUCACCGGAAAACAGUCCGACCACAGAUGCAGAGGAGCUGCUCUUCCAAGGCAGGGAGAACGAGUUUACUGGGGACAUACGUGGACUUGGAGCAGGGUCAGAAGUGAAAAUCUAUGAGGAUUACUCAAUGCUACCUGUGGCAGAAACAUUUGCCCCACCAUCAAAGGUCCUCAGCUUCCGACUGUCGUGUGUUCCAAGAAAAGGAUGCAGGACAGUUUAUUCAGACAGUAGAGCAACUGAGAGGUGCCCGAAAGAGGAGGAGGCUCAGGUGUUGGUCCCAUUUUGUGACCACAAGCCACUCCAGUUCGGCAUGUGUCACCAUCAGGACGGGGCAGAAUUACUAAACAAAUAUUAUUCCAGUGGCAUGAAAUGUCUCACCCUCUUCCCUGAUGGCUCCGCUCAGGUCUUUUAUCCCUCAGGCCUCUUGGCUCUCAUUGUCGUGGUCACUGAAGAAGACGGAAGGGUCUGCAUCGUGUAUGAUGACAGCGAUGCCCCACAUCAAGCGAUCAGAGCAGUGUUCCAGUCUGAUGGCAGGGCGACAUGUUAUCACAGCAGUGGAAACAUAUGGCUGUCCUUACACAGAUCAGGGGGUCAGUGUUUGGACGAGGCGGGAGCCAGAGUUCGUCGGUGGAGCUGGGAUAGUCUGAGUCUCACUCCGACUGCCUUGCAACCCGUCUUCCUGUCUCUCAACAAAAGUGUUGGGAUCCGGGUCCUCGGGAUCGAACAAGUGUUUGUUACCUUCCUGGCACAAGGCCAGCAGGCAAAGUUCAGUGUGGGUACCUGCUGUGCUCAGGGUGAAUCCAAAACACAUGGGCCCACCUCAGAACCGCCAUUAACCAAGGAGGACCUGUUAGCGUCAGCAGCCAGGAUUAGGACCCACCUGGCCAUUCAGCAUCUUCACCAGUGCCUGAUCACGCCCUCUCAUCCCCAGUUGCCCAAGCCCACAAAGGCCUCUCACCUCCAUGCUGUUGCCCAAAGACUUCUGGAAGACAGUCCUCAUGUGAUGAUGAGUGAAAGUGAAAGAGCCUUUAUCAACAAGUGUCUUCAGGGCUUUUCUUUAAUGCCCUCGUACAAUCACAGCUAAGUUAAGUCAAACUCUAGAAAAGAAAAUGAGUUUGUUACGAUAUUAUUAUGGUCUUGGGUCACUGCAUACAACCUCAAAGCUCUUAAUGCCAUUUCAGGGGGUACUGUAGAAUAUAAUUCAGAGAUUAAGUUGUGUCCUGAGGUAAAAAAAAACAAAACUCUUCAUUGCUACGUGUGGAAGUGUAAACUUGUAAGGUUACAAUUUCCCCAUCAAUGUCACUGAGUCACCGUUGGCUUUUUCAGUACAUACUAGUGAUGAGUCCACAAGGGAUCUAUUUUCAUACUUCAUGAUUAAUGUAGAAAGUAAUUUUACCUGUCUUUUAGAUACAACCAGAGCAAAAGGAUUCAACAAAUGGCAUAUGCUGUAGCACUGUAACCUUUUGCUCUUACAUUGUACUCCCGUCUUGUGAUUACACGAGACAAAACAGACAUCAGUGCAGAGCCUCACGUCUUCUUCAUGACAUUAGGUUGAGCAGAUGGCUGAAAGAUGUGCACUCAUGACCAGACUUAAACAAGCAGAUCUGUCUGCUUUUGAGCCAUUCAGCAUGUUUUCUAUUCUUCUUCUCAGGUUUCCUUUUACCUAAUCAAUUAAACCUUGAUGAGAGCAGUCAUAUUAUCCACUUCAAUGCACUGCUUCUUCUAAAAGUAGAAUUAUUGUCCUUUUGGUACCAUUUGAAGCACCUUUUUCUACCACGUCCAACAGUAAACCCAAACACCACACCACAACUUCAAAGUUAAAUAGUUACACUUUGUUUUAUUAAUCUUCAUAGCUUCCUCCCAAGUUAUGCAAAUAUAAAAAUUAUUCAGAAAUCAUACCAAGACACAAUUCCCCAAUGUUAUUUCACAACGGUGAUGAUUUUAAGUGUUGCAUUGUCUACAUGGCUAUGCUAUUUAUUUCAUUUUUUUAGAUCAAACUUAAAAUUCUACAUAUGGCUCAGUGGUACAAAUGACACAAUUGUUUUAAUUCACAAAGAUCAAUUAUAUGCAACAAGUUAAAGACUAUAAGAAUCAAUGGUAAAUUCCUCCUCACAGGGCCACUGGUGUCAGCCUGGAGGAAAUCUGCGAUCAUGUGAAUGGUACGAGAGAAUGACCAAAUGGCCGGCGCUGUUGCCAUGGAUCCCACUCUGGCGUCAGGGGCGGGAUGUCUCGAAGGGACAUAGUGAGGAAUGAUGGGAGCAUCCAGUCUGUGCUAGCAGUCUUCCUGCCUUCAGCGCAGACCUUCAUAAACAUCACUUCACAGCCCAGUGAGAAACCCACCUCGGACCUAGACGAACAGAGAGAGAAGGCGAUCAUACACAAAGGACUUCCACUGAAUGGUUUGAGUAAAGAUUGAAUAUAUGUUUUGUUGAAAACAACGCUAUGGACACUGCUGUACUUACAUGGAGGGGCUUUUAGUUCCAGCCAGGAAUUGAAAGAGUAGGGUUAGGAGAGGAUGUGGGGUCCUGUGUUCAUGUGAACGUUCAUCUUCAUCUCGUUGUCCAGGAUUUGCACAAGCUGCUGCAUGGAGGGCAAGUGACCCGACUCCAGUUUUGACCACACCGGCACAUCUACACAAAGACAAUACCUCAAUACAAUGAAUCACUGUAAUUCACAGCAUUUUAUUUGUUUUCGCUCUACACAACUUUAUUAAAAUUUGUUUUUUCUU